GCGCUCCGCAGCAUUUUGCGGUCUCUCGGAGUUGCGGCUGAAGAUCUCAAGGGACAGCCCAUCAACGGCAGCUUGGACGCGCUCGCCAAUCUCACCAGCCUACAGUAUCUAUACCUCAAGAACACCGGCGUCAAUGGAAGCCUGCAAGCCUUGGCGGAGAUGACCAAGCUGCGGAAGUUGUGGCUGCAAGGUACAAACGUGGCCGGUGACCUACAACCGCUCUUCAAGUUGACGAAGUUGGAGGAGCUACAGCUCUCGGAUACCGGUGUGACAGGAGGCCUGCAGGCCUUGGGCGACAUGAGCGAGCUGCAGCAGUUGUGGUUGGAUGGUACAAAAGUGGCCGGUGACCUACAACCGCUCUUCAAGCUGACGAAGUUGAAGGAGCUCUUGCUCAAGAACACCGGUGUGACUGGAGGCCUGCAGGCCUUGGCGGAGAUGAGCGAGCUGAAGCAGUUGUCGCUGCAGGGUACCAAGGUGGCCGGUGACCUGCAGCCGCUCUUCAAGCUGACGAAGUUGAAGGCGCUCUUGCUCAAGAACACCGGAGUAACCGGAGGAUUGCAGCCUUUGGGCGACAUGAGCGAGCUGCGGAAGUUGUGGCUGCAUGGUACAAGGGUGGCCGGUGACUUGCAGCAACUCUCCAAGCUGACGAAGUUGAAGCAGCUUUUGCUCAAGAACACCGGCGUGACUGGAGGCCUGCAGGCCUUGGGCAACAUGAGCGAGCUGCGGAAAUUGUGGCUGGACGGUACCAAGGUCGCCGGUGACCUUCAACCGCUCUUCAAGCUGACGAAGUUGGAGGAGCUCUUGCUCGAGAACACCGGUGUGACCGGAGGCUUGCAGGCCUUGGCGGGGAUGACCGAGCUGCGGCAGUUGUGGUUGGAGGGUACCAAGGUGGCCGGUGAUCUGCAGACACUCUCCCAGCUGACAAAGUUGAAGCAGCUCUCGCUCAAGAACACCGUCGUGGACGGCGAUUUCGGCGAGCUCCUUCACUUGAGAAACCUAAUGCAGGCCGAUCUGGGCGGCACGCGAGUGUCUGGGCGCCUGACGCCCGCCUGGCGGGGCCAACUCCGGCAGCUCCACACGCUCCGCCUCAAGGGCAGCCAAGUGAACUUCCUGCCCGUCGGACGUGACCUGAAAGACCUCCGGGCGACAUUCGUCACCCGGCAGCUGCUUCCGGCCCUGGUGAACUUGGACGUGUCGCAAUGUCCGCUGGACGGCGAAGUCCAGGACCUGUUGGAGCCCCUCUCCUUCGCAGAACACUUGGCCUCUAUCCGCGCCAGUGGGGCGAACCUCUCCGGGCAUCUACAGAAGAGCUGCUUGCGCGAGGUCUCCGUGGACGGCACGGUCUAUGAUCAAUAUGGCAGGAUACCCCUGCAGAGCUCCUUGCAAGGCUUGGAGUUGGCGGACAACAAGAUCCAUCGCAUCGAAGGCAUCCCCGCCAACGUCUACGUCUCCUUGGCGAACAACUCAGAGACAUACGUGAACAUGUCGUCUUUGCGGGAAGCUUUGGACCGCAACGUGCAAGUGGAUCUCACGGCCUCCAAGAUCUCCAACACGGACGAUGUCGCCACUCUGUUUCAUGAAGGAUUCCUUCACAGAACCAAGCAGCUGACGCAAGGCGAUCGCCUGCAAGGCUUCGAAUGUUACGGCAUCACCUCCACAUCCCUGCGGGUCUCUCCGGCCUCGUUCUGGCCGGAAGGGCUCUGUGCCUGCAGCGCAGGCUUCCAAGGGAAUGGCACUUUGUGCCACAAGUGCGAGCCGAACACCUACAAUGAGCGCUUCAACGGCAGUUGCGUGCCGUGCCCCAGCAACAGCACCGCGGAUCCGGGGGCCAGCUCCGUCUUCAGCUGCAUAUGCACGGUCGGCAGGAUGUACCGAUCGGAGUCUGGACACGCCUGCAAGUGCGAUGCAUUGAGGGCGCUCUACCAGAGCCUUGGCCAGAAGAGGUCAGAGGAUGCCCAGACUGCAAGUCCGGCUGCGGGUGACGUUUGCGAAGACUGCGGAAAGCUGCGCUUGGACUGCGGGCGGCACGGCCUCGAUGCAAGCUCCGCGCCACCGCAGGUCGGCUACGCUCGCCUGGAAGCCGGAGCUCAGCGUGCUUACAGGUGCUUGGAGCCUACGGCGGAGGAGCGCUGCAACGCUUCGUCAGCGAACGCAGCUGAGCCCGGCGCGGCGCUGGGCUGCGCCGCCGGCCACGAGGGCCCGCUCUGCGUGGCAUGCUCCUGGGGCUACCGCAGCCGUGCCGGCGUCUGCGUUCCCUGCGAAGUGGCCUCCGAUGCCCACAAGCGCUGGCCUCCCGGACGAGAGCUGCUGUACUUGCGUUGGGUAGUCGGGGCCGCGGUCUUUGCCGGAGUGCUCGCUGCCGUCAUCUUCCUGUGGCGAAGGAGCCGCAGCCAGCCCGCGACAGCCCGGCUCGAGCCGACCCUGUGGAGCGGCCCCGUGCUGCUCCAGCUGUUCCAGCUCUGGGGGCUGUUGGUGGCCCUCUUGGAAUUCCAGGGAAAGACCGACGACGAACCGGCACGGGCUGACGGCUUGUGGGCGGAGGAGUGCGUCCAGUGGCUCCAGCUCACUGCGCAGGGUCUUCGCGAUGCGACGAGCCUCGAGUGCUGGUUCGGAAGGACAGCGAACGAUGUCACGGCUUUGGUCGGGCCCUGUGUGCCCCUGGCGCUGCUGGUGCUCUGCAUUCUUCCGGAGCUGGCCUCGCAUGGAAGUGUCAGCUUUGUGCUGAAGCUGCUCACCUUGCUCUACAUCGGGGGCGCCUCCAGCAGCGCAGCGCUCAUGCGAUGCCAGCACACCGACGGAGGAAAAGAGCGCCUGCCCGACGAGUACGCAUUCCGAACGGCACUACCGAACAUCAAGUGCUGGGAUGCCGCUCCCCUUGCAGAUAGCAUCGCUGCGACCUGCGCCGUGUGCUACGGGCUGCUGAUCCCGAGCUUCCUGGCAUACCUCAUGUUCAAGCAGCACCUGGCUUUGGCGCCCUGCCGUCGCUUCGUCAGCCUCGUCGCCCAGAAACAGGGCGGCGACACGGUCUCGGUUUGGCCGGUGGAGGAGUCCGAGAAGACCGAGCCAGAGCAAAACAAGGCAGGAGAGCUGAAGAGGAAGAGCCUCCUGGCCGCGGCGGUCGCCCGCAGCUGCAUCUACUUUGCCGGCGGCGUCCGGGUUCAGUUGCAGGACGAGCGCUUGAUCCUCCGACCACAGGAGCAAAGCGGCCAAGAGCACGACGUGCACUUGGAUGCGAACAGCUUCGUUUGGACUGCCCUGGGGAACAAGGGCGACGCAGAUCUUCGGCGUUGCCAAGCUCUUGAGAGGAUGCUGAAGGAGCGGUACGUACUUGACGAG